AUGGACGCCGCCGGCGUCGAGGCCGGGCCUCCGGCCGCUGCGCCGGCGGCACCGCCUGCACGACCGCGUCGGCGGCGUUGGUGGUUCCUAGCCGUGGUCUUCGUAGUCUUCUUCAUCAUACUCCUCUCUCCGUUGCAUAGACGAUGCGUCUACUUGUUUGUGGCUUGGCUGCCCGCCGUGCCUGCAUAUGCCUUGGGCUGCUACGGGCCGGUCGUUGGCGCCUUUAAGAGGUCUGGGCCAGUCUUCAUCAAGCUUGCGCAGUGGGCCUCCACACGACGUGAUGUCAUCCCUGGUGAACUUUGUGAUGCCAUGGGCACACUGCAUGAAAACGUCCCGACUACGAUGUCCCGGACGGACCUCGAUAGCUCGCAGCGGGAGGAUCAGCUCGACUUGGACCUUGACCUCCUCAGGUGGUUUGCCGGCUGGGUGACUUGGUGGAAGCCAGAGUUGACCUGGAUGGCACUGGAAGGAGCUGUAGACAAUUUCGGCGAAUACAUGAUGCAGCAGGUGAACCUGAACAUCGAGGCGUCCAACAUGAAAAGGUUCGCGCAGAACUUUGCGAGUAACGGCAAUAUUUUGGUGCCUCCCGUUUAUGCUGCCACUGAUUCUGUCCUCGUCAUGGGCAUUGCAGAAGGCACCGGGCAGGGCAUGAAAGACAACUUCAUGCACGGCGACCUGCACCCAGGCAAUCUCUUCAUCAAGUUUGAGGACGACGGAUCGCCGACGGUGACGCUGAUUGAUGUCGGCAUCUCCAUCGCGAUAGAAAAUGCUUUAGGCAGGAUGAUCAAGGAGCUUGGCCAGAUGCUUCUUGGGGUUUUGGGUUUAGGGCAGUCCAGUCCUGCAUAA